AUGCGCAGUCAUUUUUUGAGCGAACUGCGCCCCGUUUUUGAGUUGAAUUCCGAUCAGAUAGAGAGAGAGAGAGCUUUCUUCCCACCCCAAACAGUGGACCAUCCCCGUUCCCAGAGGGCCGUAUUUUGUCAAACCAUUCGUAUCCGACAGCAUUUAUUUUGUUCGUCCUGUAUCGAUAUUGUUAAUAAGAAUUUGAUGGAGUUGGAUCAAAGGGAGAGGCUGCGUUCUCUGAUCCGUCAGUGGAACGAGAACCGCUUGGAUCUGUUCAGUAUUAGUGAGCCGAAUGAGGUGAGUUUCUUGUGUGUUCGUUUAGAAGAAAAAAAAUUUUUUAACUUUGACGAUUUUUUUUCUCCCAGAACAUGGAAUUUUACGGUGUUAUGCGGUUUUAUUACCACGAACCAGGCCAGAAAGUCACAACCAAGUGUAUAAGAGUGUCUUCGUCAGCUACGACAAGAACUGUAAUUGAUGCGCUGGUGGAGAAAUUCCAUCCGGACAUGAAGAUGUUGACGGAUCCGGACUAUUCGAUAUGGGAAUUGCACGAAAACAGUGAAGAAAGAAUGCUCGAACUCGAUGAACGACCUCUUCUCGUCCAAUUAAGUUGGCAUCAGAGCAAUCGCGAAGGACGUUUUCUCUUGAAAUCCACGGAUCAGCCCGUUUAUCUGCCGUUUUCGGUAUGUCUAAAGUAAUAUAAUUGAUUUUAUUCAACAGUUUUGGGCUCAAUCUCUACUUUAUUUGUUAUUUCAAGGUGUGGGUCUUCUUUGGGGUUGAUUUCGGACUGGUUUUGAGUUGGAUUUGACUUGACAGAUGGCCCUUUUCCGCGUUUAAUGCGUUUCGGAAGGCAGAUUUUAGGUAAUAAAUGGGGUUUAUAGCUUGUUGAUCCAUUGCCAAAAGUCGGAAAUUCCUUUUUUUAUGUGUUAAAAGGAUGAUUAAUCACUGAUGAGGCGGGGUGAUCUCACUCUGAGAAUUCUAUAUUUGUUUUUUAUGAUUUAUAUUACACUUGACAAGCUGAUAAUUUGUUUUGUAAAUAGUACUAAUUACACUGUUUUUGUAGGCUCUACAAUUCGGAGAUGAAGUGCGUUCGUCGAAGCGGUCAAACAAAUUUAAGAAGAAGGGAAACGGGAGGGAUAAAGGUUGGUUUUUGGAGAGUUGUACUUACAAGGGAAGUACCCCAAGUGCGAAGCUCCGAUUUUCUUUAAAUUUUGCACACACGUCGGUCAUGAACUACGUAUCAAUUCCUGAAAGUUUUAGAUCGCUCGUUGCAAGCGCCGUCGAGAUAUUGAACGAUAUUUGCCGCCGAGAGAGCACGCUAAAUGUGGAGAGCGGUCAGAGAGAAAAACACUUUUUGACCAUAACUUCGCUAGUUUUGUGCGGCAAAAGUUGAUUUUUUGUGGAAACAUUGCCCUCUGUGGUAGAAAUAGGCGUGAAACUUUUCGUGCCGAAAUUCGGCAAAAAGUGUCAAAUUUUCGCCAACUUUUGAACAAAAAAUCUCGGUUAUUUCUGCAAAGCGCGAGCUAGGAUUCUCGCAUAUAUCCUAGAGAAAAUUAUUCUAAAUUUGUGCCAAGUUUUAUCAAAAUCUGAGCGUCGCACUUGGGGUACUUCUCCUGUCAGUUACGUCCAAAUUUUCCUAAAAUUCAUUGCAGCCAAUACGUAUGCCGAUGACAUGAACAAAUGUCUGUACGAGGAAUUGCCCGAGAACACGUUCACCAGGACCAUUUCGAAUCCGGAAGUCGUCAUGAAGCGUCAACGCGAACAGAAGAUUGAUCAGAAAUUGAAGGAAUUGGGGGAAAGAGGACUUGUUGGCGGAAGUUUGAAGGUUUAUUGUGAAGAGCUGGAUCCGAAUAGACCUUAUGUAUCCGUAUUGGUUGGGCCAUUGGACUCUGCGGAUAAGGUUUUGCUCGACGCGGUGGAAAAGUUCAGCUUUGGGACGUUGGAUCAUCGAGAAUUUGUGCUAGUUGAGGUGAGGCAAGCAGUGUAAUAUAAUUUAUGUUAUUUUGACUGGAAUUUGACUAGAUAUAGGUUUAUAUUUCCACCUACUGGUGGUGUUAUUUAUGAGGGGUUAUCGAGAGAGGGUGAACAUAAAGUUUACGAGCUUACUCUCUUAUCUAUUCUAAUAUCUUUUCGCUCCUGCAGAUCCAGCAAAGAAACGGGCGACGAUCGGAGCGAGUGCUGCUUUUGGACGAGUGCCCGGCUGUUAUUAUUGCCAAAAACAAUUCUUGUGGAAGUAAGUUGACUAUCUGGUUAUUAGCCAGUAGAAUUUCCUCGAAAAAGUAAUACAAUUCGGAGUUGGACGAUUGGGGAAAAGGACGAUUGGGAAACCGAAAAGUAUUAUUUUUCUUCGAUGCAAGUGUCGAAAUUAGGAUAAUUGAGGGUGCUGAGUUCGAAAAUGACGUUCAUUUUUUUGAUAGCUACUUUUUUCCUUAAGUAGUACUGUAAAAUAGUAAUUUUUUGAUUUUUUUUCACAAAUACUCGAUUUGGGGGGCUUCGAUGGUGCUGAUUUCGAAAAUCUUAUUCAUUUUAUCCGAUUUGAAAGCUCUAUUUGGGGGGUUUCGAUGGUGCUGCCUUCAAAUCAGAAAAAAUGAAUAAGAUUUUCUAAAUUAGCAAGCUCGAAACCCCCCAAAUCGAGUAUUCAUGAAAAAAAUUCAAAAAAUUACUACCUUACAGUACUACUUAAGGAAAAAAGUAGAGAUCAAAAAAAUGGAUGUCAUUUUCGAAAUCAGCACCCUCGAUUAUCCUAAUUCCGACACUUUCAUCGAAGAAAAAAUACUUUUCGGUUUCCCCAAUCGUCCCGUUCCAAUACAAUUACCCCACCCCAAGUGCUGUCCAUUUUGUUAUUUUUCCGUGACCCUUGCUCCGAGACAGCCACUCCCGUUGCCCUCGAGAGAAAGGGAGUCUCAUAAGCGGCGAUUCCAGCACUCCUAAUCGGAUUAUAUUGUAGCGGAGACGUCAUUUCAUCUGCGGAAACGGACUUCGUCGCCUCCAACGACAUCGACUCCGUUGAACGGGAAGGAGAACGCGGUAAGCGGAGAGGGGGGUGAGAACGACGGGGCAAGACGACGGCUGCGGGAGACCCCCGAGAUUAAUCGCCCCCCGACCUCGUCGCGCUUUCUUUUAAUUGCGCACUGACCGAUUUGCUCCAAUCUCCCCAUCCCACAUAUUUAUAUUCAAAUUGUAGAUGGUCAUCGAACCGCCGCCCAGCUACCGGCAGGCCACACACUUUGAUGUGACCCCCGACCUCGGCCCUCCUCCGGCCAAUAUUCCGUGUCAUUUGCAGUUGCGCUGUAAGUGAGGGGAUAUCAUAUUGUUAAUGGGUGCUCGUUCAGUCGCCGUCGGAUGUAGUUAGCUACUUAAAGCGGGAUUAUUUGAGUGGCGGGAUUUUUUUUUUGAGCGAAAGUGAUAAGAAAUGAAAAGAAUGGAAGAUUAUACAGUGACGGACCUGAUCCACUGGCAAAAAACGUACCAUUUUGCAUCCGGGAAGUAUCAAAAAAUUUUGCAAAAUUCCUCCAUCUCCAAGUGAAAAACUCCGUUUUCAAAGACGUGCCUUUUUCCUCAAAAAAAUAGCUAUUGAAAUCGGAGUUUUUUCACUUGGAGAGGGAGGAAUUUUGCGAAAUUUUUUGAUACUUUCCGGAUGCAAAAUGGUACAGUUUUUGCCACUGGAUCAGGUCCGUUACUGUAUAAUUUCGCAUUCUUCUAAUUUCUUAUCACUUUCGCUCAAAAAAAAUCUCGCCGCUCAAAUAAUCUCGCUUUAGGUAGUUAACUACAUCAGACGGCGACUGAACGAUCGCUCAUUAACAAUCCCCAUUGUACGGUAAAAUAAUAUAAACCCGGACUGAUGACAUAUUUUUUAGGCUCGGCCUCUCAAUUCCUGAUCUCUCUGUUCGAUCACUUCCGCUCAAAUGACACCGAAUUCCCUCUGGCUCCAGCUUUUAUCACAUAUUUGGCCGUAAAAGACCCACAAAACAGAGAGACCACGGCUUUGAUCCUCUUGUUCUGCAACAAAGUCAACGAGUUUGUACAGGUAGAAUUGCUGGAUAAAUCAUUUUUGUUGAAAAUUUUUUAAAAUUUACUUGAUGAUGAUUUCAGUCGCGCCCCGAUGAUUGGAGAAUCCCCAAUUUCUGGCUGGCCAAUUGCCUGGAACUGGGCAAUGUGAUUGCCAAAGAUACGACCGCCUUCAAACACACAACCAAUAAUUUGAAUGAGAAUAUCAAAGUGACGACGAUCAGAUGCUUCGACUUUCUCGUGGAGUCCUGCCGGAUCGAGAUUGAAAAACGAAUGUCCAAGUUCUUGAACGUCGCCUUGAGACAUGACAUUGCAGUCAGAGAGCUCAUGGAUUUCCUGGAAGAUGUCUCGAACCAUGUGCGAAGAGUCCAACUGAACCCGGCAUUGAUCAUUCAGCUGUUUUCUCAUAUUUUCUACACCGUCAACAUGUAUGCCUUCAAUUGGCUGAUUUCUACUGAGGGUAAGGUCAUCUGUUAUGUUUGUCAUAAGAAAAAAGUUGAUUGUGGUCUUACUUUGCAUAUUUUUUGGGAACUGGGACGAUUGGGGAAAGAGAGGAUUGGGGAAACCGAAAAGUAUUAUUUUUCUUCGAUGCAAGUGUGAAGUUAGGAUAAUCGAGGGUGCUGAUUUCGAAAAUGACGUUCAUUUUUUUUAUCUUUACUUUUUUCCUUAAGUAGUACUGUAAAGUAUUAAUUUUUUUGAAUUUUUUUCAUAAAUACUCUAUUUGGGGGUUUUUGACAUUGCUGAUUUCGAAAAUCAUGUUCAUUUUUUCUGAUUUGAAAGCGGCGCCAUCGAAACCCUCCAAAUCGUGUAUAUGUAAAAAAAAAUUCAAAAGUUACUACUUUACAGUACUACUUAAGGAAAAAAGUAACUAUCAAAAAAAUGAAUGUCAUUUUCGAAAUCAGCACCCUCGAUUGUCCUAAUUUCACACUUGCGUCGAAGAAAAAUAGUACUUUUCGGUUUCCCCAAUCGUCCUUUUCCCAAACCGUCUUUUUCCCCAAUCGUCCCAGUUCCGGUAUAUUCGUCAUAAGACAAAAGUUGAAUGUGGCUUUACUUUGCAUAUUUUCAGAGGGGAACUCAAGCCUUACCCGUCAAUUCGCCGUCCAAUUUCGUUCUCGGUUGUCCGAACUGACCCGAUGGUCCGAAUUACAUGGCCUCGAAUUGGUAGCUGAAUGUCAAUUGGACCGAAUAAACCAGACCCUGCAUCUGCUGGUCACUCCGAAAACGGUCAACCAGAUCGCCAGUCUUGGUGCUACUUGCUACAAACUCAAUUCCCGGCAGGUCGGCUUUUUGUUGAGCAGGUAUAUAUCGGAUAUAAAUGAACUGCCAGUGACUCAAGUGCUGGUGGAUAAUGUUGUUCAACUCGCUCAAUGUCAUGCUGAUCGGAUCAUCAAAGAGGAAGGUGGAGAAGUGACGCUGGAAGAGGAUCCCGUCUUUAGACUGGCCUUUUCUUUUCCAGAUGACGGCUAUGUUUUGGGUAGGUUAAUGAAUUAUUAGGUCGUCCAGAAAGUUCGUUCGAUUUUUUAUUGCUUUGUUUACGAUUGUUUGUUGCUUGGCAAAUGGCAUGUUUUUAUUUGAUGCAGCCAGUUUUGUAGAGGAGAAAAAGCUGUAUCAAAUAAAUAUAUUCCAUUUGCCAAAGAACUAACAAUCCUUGUAAAACAAAGCAAUGAAAUCUAAUGAAGACUGGUUGAUAAAAAAAAAUUUUUUUGAUAAUUUCAGAUACUUUGGAGACAAUUCCUUCCUCUCUUUCAACAGUCCUUGCCAAUCUUCAACGCACUGGCCUCUGUGAUCUCAUCUACGAACAGUCGGCCUCCCCUUGGGCAAGCCAAUUUACUCAUCAACUUCCCGCCAUCCAGCCCCAAAGAGCACCCCCUCAUUAUCGACCCCCAUCACAAACGCCGAGCUUUGUAAACCGACCAGAACGAAUCACGGUAACCAUCAGACGUCCGCCUGGUGCUGGACUGGGUCUCUCGAUUGUGGCCGCUCAAGGAUUGGGCGAUUCGAAUAUGGGGAUCUACAUCAAGAAGGUCGUGGAGAACAGCCCCGCCGCCUAUGAGGGAUCUCUGGCUAGAGGCGAUCAGAUCUUGGCUGUAAAUGGUCUCCCCUUGCUGAAUGUGUCUCAAGAAAUCGCUGCGAAGCAUAUAGCGGCGUCUGGUGGGGUUGUCAGGUUGGAUGUGAUAAAGAGUGCCGCUUCUUAUAAUGGACUGGAGUCAUGGUUAGACACACGAUCGUCACAACAACCACAAUCUCAAAGCUCCGCUCAAGUUUAUGCUACAACUUCUGAAAUUAUGAGUCCGGCCGGGACUUUUAGUCAGGUAAGUUUUUUGGAUAUUAACCCUUUCCGGACGAGCGGGCACGUCCUGGUAAAAUUGAAAGAGGGUACCCUAACUAGUAACGGCAUAACAGUGGUUCAGCCCAUUGAAGCGUUUGGGACUUACGGCAAAAAAUGCACUAAAAAGUACCCACCUUUGACAUCACUUUUGAAAUUUUUGUGACAAGCUGUAGAUCGGAAAGUACCCUUAGAUUAAUUUCGAGGAGUCCUACUACAGUGACAUCCAAGAACUGUCCAAAUCGGACAACUGUAGGAUUUGUUACCGACUUUUGAAAAUUGAAUUCUUAAUUUCGUCAAUUUUUGACCCCCUCUUGAAAUAAGUCUUAAAAAAUUUUUUGCUACCAGCUGUAAAUAAGAAACCGCCCUUAAAUUAAAGUCUAGAAGUCCUUCUACUGUUACAUCCAAGAAAUGUUCAAAUCAGACCACGGUUGAUUAUGGCGCAAGAUAUACUAGAUUUUUAAGUCGAAAAUUGACGAAAUUAAGAAUUCAAUUUUCAAAAGUCGAUAACAAAUCCUAUUAUGGUCCGAUUUGGACAGUUUCUUGGAUGUAACAGUAGUAGGACUCCUCGAAUUUAAUCUUGGGGUACUUUCGGAUCUACAGCUUGUCACAAAAAUUUCAAAAGUGGUGUCAAAUGGGGGUACUUUUUAGGACAUUUUUUGUCAUAAGUCCCAAAUAACGCUUCGAUGCGCUGAAUCACUGUUAUGUCGUUACUCAGUAAGGCAUCCUCUUUUGUUUUUACCCCUGACUCUCCGGAAAGGGUUAAUUUACAGCUGGGUCUCGUUCCUUGAGUAUUGUGUUUUUUUAGAACUCAUUGCCAUCACAGUCAUCUCAACGCCUUCCCGAACGUUUUCGACCGGUCGCUAUUCGUCCGCCGGUUGUGAAACCCCCAUAUCACCACCAAACACAACCAGACCAUCAGCUGAAUGGACAAGGAGAUCAUGCGUUUGUAAGAAGGGGAUCUGUUGGGUCACUGAAAGUCAUGCAAAAUGAAGUCAGACUCCCUCCAAUGGCUGAAUCCGGCAGAAGAUCGGCUCCGAUAUUUGAAAGACCAGAAGAUCUGGAUCGGAAACCAUCUCUGGGUAGGAUAAUAUAAUUUUUUAGUUAUGAAUUUUUUUUCUGAGUUUAGGCUACAUUCCCCUGACAAAUGGGACGUCCAGAUUGGUCCACCGGCAACCGGCACCGGUGAAUGAUAUAGUUCGAAGUCAUGAAGCAUGCCUGAACGAGCUGAAUAGAGAGUUCGAAAAGAGGAUCUCUUUAAAUUCUAUGCCUCACUCCAGAAAGUUGUAUCCUCAAAACAAAAAUGAUGAUGAUUUUGUACGACAAGUUGAUCUUCUUCAAGAACAGGCUAAUCGCCUUGUUUAUGAUGAGUCUCAUGACCAGUAAGAGAGCAAUUUUAUAGAUGUUAUACUUGAUAUAAUUUUUUGUUUUUUUUUGUUGUUUAAUUGGUUUUAAUGACGAUUUUUCAGUGCUCAACGUGGAUUCCAAGAAUUCCAGCCACGAAAACAAAGCCUCAAGGAAAACCGAGCCAUCCAUGAACAGGACCGCGUGCUUUAUGAACUCGAGGACAAUGUAAAUAAUGUUAAAUAUCCCGAGAACGAACCGAGGGUCCAGGUAUUGGGCGCUAGCGAAGUGUAUAACGACCCUCGACAAAGGAGGUUAAACCAGAUCAACGAAUCUCAGAACUCGCAAAACAGUAAUUCAGUAGGUUUUAUAUUAUUAUUUUUUUGAAUUUUAUUACUUAUAGUGAUCGGUACUGGGAUUUGACCGGUCAGCCCAAGAGCCUUGGCCCAGUAUAAUGGGUAAAAUUUCAUAAAAAUUUUACGUUUUCAAACUUUUCAGUUUUGUUGAAGAACAAGCACUUCAAGUCCCAAUCAAACUUUUAUGUCAUUAGUUUUUCAUAUACAGCGGUUAAAACGACAAUCAACAGAUCGUAUUUUGGGUAAUGUAAAUCAUCAAAACCAUAAAUAAAACAUGUAACUUUUACACCCCUAAUUUUUCAUAUACAGUGACGGACCUGAUCCAAUGGCAAAAAACGUGCCAAUUUGCAUCCGGGAAGUAUCAAAAAAUGUAGCAAAAUACCUCCCUCUCCAAGUGAAAAAACUCCGAUUUCAAAGCACGCUCGAUCUUUUUGUGAGGGACGGCGAAAAACUCCUUCAAAACGGAGUUUUUUCACUUGGAGAGGGAGGUAUUUUGCCACAUUUUUUGAUACUUCCUGGAUGCAAAAUGAUACGUUUUUUGCCAUUUGAUCAGGUCCGUCGCUGUAUAAGAAAAAUUAGGGGUAUAAAAUUUACAUGUUUUAUUUUUGGUUUUGUUGAUUUACAUUACCCAAAAUACGAUCUGUUAAAUAUCGUUUUAACCGCUUGGACGGUAAAAUUCCAAUGCUUAAUUAUUCAUGUGUAAUAUUUAUUUUUUCAGAGAGAUGGGUCUCAAUUGGACUUCCAGGACAAGAUGAGAUUAUUCGCCGCCCAAUUAGGCGAGGCCGAUCUCCGCUCCAAAUUCAAGGCUUCUUCGGCCGAAAGGGAGAUCGAGGAAUCUUCGUAA